AUGUCCGAAUAUACAGUUCGUAAAAUUGGGUCCCCAAACACUCUAGAUUACAGGCUUUAUAUUGAAAGAACGGGGACCGUUAUCUCACCAUUCCAUGACAUACCUUUGUUUGCUAAUGAAAGCAAGACCGUAUUAAAUUUUGUUGUAGAAAUCCCAAGAUGGACUAACGCCAAAAUGGAGAUUUCCAGGGAAGAACCAUUAAAUCCAAUAAAGCAAGACGUGAAGAAAGGUAAGCUUCGAUACGUUCGUAACUGCUUCCCGCAUCACGGAUACAUUUGGAACUAUGGAGCUUUCCCUCAGACAUGGGAAGAUCCUACGCAAACUCAUGCUGAGACUAAAGCUAAAGGUGACAAUGACCCACUCGACGUCUGUGAAAUUGGAGAGCAAGUAGGAUACACUGGUCAAGUCAAACAGGUUAAGGUUCUUGGAAUUAUGGCUCUUUUAGACGAAGGUGAAACAGACUGGAAAGUUAUUGUCAUUGAUGUCAAUGAUCCUUUGGCAAAUAGAUUGAAUGAUAUCGAAGAUGUUGAAAGACAUUUGCCUGGUCUCAUCCGUGCUACUAACGAAUGGUUCCGUAUUUAUAAAAUUCCUGACGGGAAACCGGAGAACCAAUUUGCCUUUAGCGGUGAAGCAAAGAAUAAGAAAUACGCGACAGAAAUAAUUCAUGAGACCCACGAAGCCUGGCGUCGCUUAGUCACCGGACAAAUUCCAUGUAAAACUGAUAAAUAUAAUAUUGCAGUUAAUAAUCUUGCGGUCGAGGGAAGUCCUGGAAAGAUAACACCCGAUAGCUCUAUUUACCAAUCCAUUCGUCCCGGAGAGAAUCAACAAUCUGCACCAAUUGAUCCAUCAAUUGACAAAUGGUUUUUCAUUUCGGGCACCUCUAACCUGUAA